AUGGAAAGUCAGCCUUCGGGGAGUUCUGAAGGGGGCCAAGUGACCCGGGGGCCCGACAGUAGCAGCACCGGCAGCAGCAGCGGCAGCAGCAGCAGCGGCAGCAGCAGCGGCAGCAGCAGCAAUAGCGGCAGCAGCAACAGCAACAACAGUAUCAGGAAGCGACGUCCUUCCCCACAAUGCCCUACUCCGACAGCUUCUGCUGCAGGCGGCGGGUGUGAGCCUGUGCGCUGCAGCAGCAGCAGCAACAGCAGCAGCAACAGCAGCAGCAGAACUGGCAGCAGUAGCGGGGGUGGCGUGCGGGUUCGACGGGGUAGCAGCCUUUGGGGCUGCAUGCGCGGCAGUUUGCUUCCAUUGGGCUUAUCUGGUGCUGCACCUUUGAAGGGCGGUGCUGCUGAAUUGCCGUGGGGGGCCCUGGGGCCCCCCCAGGAGGUAUGGAGGUCCUGUUAUGCGUGGGCAGCAGGAGCAGCAAGACAGCUGCGCUGGCGUUUAAGUGUGCUGCUGCAGCUGCCGCUGCUGGUGCUGCUGCACCUGUGCCCUGUUGUAGGGCGUCUGGCGGAGUGGGUAUUUCAUUUGAGUUCUGUGGGGGCCCCCGGCUUGCUAUACCCUUUUUGUUGUUUGUUCGUAGGUGUAGGGACUCCCUUUGUCUCUCUAACUGCUCUUUGUUUGUGGCUGCUUGAUCUUCUAGAUGCUGCACUUGUGCUGCCGCAGGCAGCAGCAGCAGAAUUUGCUUCCCUCGGGGGGGCCCCCCCUGCUAUCCCUAUACUAGACCACUUCAGCCUCUUCCCUGUGUGGUGCGAGUCCCUUACUUGUGGGGCCCUCAGCAGCAGCAGCAGCAGCAGCAACAGCAGCAGCAGCAGGCCUGCUGGGGCAGCAGCAGAGGGGCCCUACUACGGCGGCGUGGACUUGUGGGGCCUCUGCUUACCUUUGGGGGGGGGCCCCUCCCCCUGGAGGGCCCCCGAGAACAGGGGCCCCCUCUGGAAUGGAGGGUCUAGAGCAGCAUUUCAUCUGAGUAUAUACUGCCGCAUCAUUGUCGAUAUUCCUUUACUAACGCUGGCGCUGCACUUAUCUAGGUGGCUGCAUGCACAAGGAGAGAUUUUUGGGGCCCCCCUCAACACACAGGAGGCGCAUGCAGGGCCCCCAGGACCCUGGGGAGCGAUAGGGGCCUUCGGGGGGCAGCCAGUCGCUGCCCCACAAUCUGCUGCUGCUGCAAGUGCUGCUGCUGCAGCGCCUGCUGCUGCUGCUGCUGCGGCUGCUGGCUACUCCGACACCUCCAGCCCACCCAGCAUCAGCAGCAUCAUCAGCAGCAAUAGCAGCAGCAGCAACAGCAGCAACAAUAGCAGCAACAACAGCAGCAACAGCAACAUCAGCACGCCCUUCCCCUCGCCUCCCAGUAGUGGCCCUGAACAGCCGUUUCCCCGUCCUCACCCUGUGGGGCCCCCUGCUGGAGUGAGGGGAGGCGCUGCUGGGGGGGCCCCUGCUGCAGCUGCUGCUGUUGGUGCUUUUGCUGCAUCUGCAGUACUGCGCUGCACGCAUCUGCUGCUGCAAGAAGGCAGCAGCAGCAGCAGUGGCAGCAGCAACAGCAACAGCAACAGCAGCAACAAGGCACAGGGAGGCCCUCAACACCGCAGCUGCCCCGCCUCCCUAACCGACGGACAAGCCACCCCUUCAUCUUCACGCUCUAGGGAACUAGAGGCUUGCAUAUUCUGCUUCGACGACAUGAAGCCUGGGGAACUUCUUCGCGUCGUCACCGCUUGCGGCCACAAAUUCCAUGCUGGCUGUCUUGACGUUUGGCUGUUUGAUCGGCUGAAGGCCUCAUGCCCAAUGUGCGGCCCCUUCCGCUACCCCAGUGGGGGGGGGCCCCUCCUUGUGGGCUAA